AACACAGCCACAUUCAGCCCGCCACUGCCAAGGAGAGCACUUCGCGUAACGGUCUACAUCUUUGAACAUUUUUUUGAUUGUGAUUCAGUGUGUGAAACAAACUUCCGCAAGACCAUGCUGAAAUUUAUUAUUCCCUGCCUGGCUCUACUGGCCGUUAGUGGAGCUCUGAAGAUCCACGACUACCACCACGAGGCCCACGAGGAGUACGAGCACCAGGAGCACCAUGAGCCGGAACACCACGCCCAGUAUGAGCCAGAGCACGAGGAGACGGAACUGCACCACGAGGUGGACCACAAGCAUGCCACGUCGCACCAGAGCGUCAAGUUCCACCACUACCACGCCGUGCCCGUCUACAUCAAGAAGGAGGACCAGCACCUGGUGAAGAAGCCCAUCGAGAUCGGCGGCACCAAACAGAAGCUGAAGAUCCUGCACCCCAAGAGCGAGCACAACCACAACCACGGCCUGGUCCUGGAGAACCACAGCGAGUCGCACGUCCACGAGCACGGCCACUAUGAGGAGCCGGUGCACCAUUCGGAGCACUACGAGCACUACUCGCACCACGAGUAGGAUUCGGAUUCGGAUUCGGAUUCGGAUUCGGAUUUUGAACCCGAAUCGGGAAUGCCAAAUGAGAUAUAGCGCUUAAGGUUUAUACGUUAAUUUUGUUGUGUUAAUAAAGCGUUCACCUAGACUGCUGUCAAGAUUUAGGGAUCUAUUAUUUCAAA